AUGUUUGAUUCUGUCAAAUUUCACUCCCCUCUUCUUCUCGCUGUUCUCCUCAUCUGUUCGGUCUCCAUUUCAUUCUCUCACCGCGGUUCUCACCUCCACCGCCCACCGGCUGCAGACUUUCCGAAGUUUGACGUUGUUCGGUGGGAAGAGAGGAGGCUAGUUCUUGAAGGAAAUGAUGAAGGCGGUGUACAGAAUUCGACGCUGGUAUUAGCUGAAGAGAGAACACGCAGGAGAGACCCUCUGGAUGAUUUCAGGCACUACAAGGGGGGUUGGAACAUCAGCGACAGACAUUACUUGUUUUCUGUUGGAUUUACUGCCGUUCCAUUUUUUGUGAUUGCCACAAUAUGGUUUCUGGGGUUUGGUCUCUGCUUUUGCAUCAUAUGUGUUCGCCACUGCUGCUGCCACCGCCUCAAACAGUCUUAUGGCAAUUCAAAAUCCAAAUGUGCUCUUUCUCUACUUGGACUAUUCAUUAUAGCGGCAAUUGUCGGAAGCAUCGUCCUGUUCACUGGCCAGGAGAAGUUCCAUGGAAGCACAUGUAGCAUGCUGAAAUAUGUGGUGAAGCAGGCUGAUGCUACAGUCGAACAGCUUAGAAGUGUAUCUGAUUACCUUGCUGCUGCUAAGCGUGUUGGAGUGGAUCAAAUAUCUUUACCACCCACUGUGCAGAGCGACAUUGACAAAGUAGAAACAAUGAUUAAUUCUGCAGCAACCAAAAUCGAAAGAAAAACAGACCAGAAUUCGGAUAAGAUUCAGCAUGUGUUGAAUUCAGUAAGAUUCGCUGUAAUCAUUAUUGCAGCUAUGAUGCUGCUCUUGGCUUUACUUGGCUUCUUUCUAUCAGUUUUAGGAGUUCAGCCACUUGUGUCCCUAUUGUCAAUUUGCGGUUGGAUCUUGGUCACUGUUACAUUCGUUUUAUGUGGAGUUUUUGUCAUUCUCCACAAUGCAAUGGGCGACACCUGCGUUGCCAUGGAAGAAUGGAUCCAAAAUCCCACAGCCCACACAUCCAUGGAUGAGAUCCUUCCCUGUGUGGACCAGGCAACUGCCCAAGAGACCUUGUUGCAGAGCAAAGAUGUUACCUUCCAGUUGGUCCUUGUAGUGAACAGAUUCAUCGGCAACAUCUCGAACCACAACUUUCCAGCAGGCAGUGGCCCUUUUUACUACAACCAGUCUGGCCCAUUAGUGCCCCUCCUUUGUAAUCCUUUCAAUCAUGAUAAAACUGAUAGAAGAUGUGCUGAUGGGGAGGUCAACUUUGACAGUGCGUCGCAGGAAUGGAUGAAAUACGUCUGCGAGGUCUCAGCAAAUAAUCUUUGCACUUCAGUGGGCCGAUUGACACCCGUAUAUUAUGCCCAGAUGACGGCCAUUGUCAAUGUAAGCUACGGCUUAUAUCACUACGGUCCCUUCCUUGUUGACCUGCAAGACUGCUCUUUCGUUCAAGAGACCUUCCGUCAAGUUGAAGAGCAUCACUGUCCAGCCCUGAGGCUCUAUAGUAAGUGGAUCUAUGUUGGGUUGGCUUUGGUUUCUGCUUCAGUAAUGCUUUCAUUGGUGUUCUGGGCGAUUUAUGCGAGAGAGAGGCGGAAACGCCCAGUCAGCGAACAGUUUAUACCUCUGACAGAUGAAGAUCAGACAGGGGUAGAGAAAGGUCAAGGUUAAUUGUGCCGAUGGGUCUGUGCGAAUUCUCAUUUAAUUAUACUAUUUAUAACACAUCAUGUAAUAAGGGUGAGUAUGGUCUGGGUUGGGCUGGUCCAAUCCCUAGCCUUAAGACUA